AUGAGCGGAUUUGGGCAGUGUCGUUUCUGCUCCGAGAAUCCCUUCGCCGUACUCUUCGGAUCGAAGCCAGAAGAGAAGAAGACAAGGGUGCAGGUCGCUCCGAAGGCGAAGACUCCUUCCAAGAGAAACGAGGCAAACUUCCAGCGACGAUCAGAGGAAGAAGUCAAGGAGACAGUGGCGCGUUGGGAGAUGUACGUCCAUCCCCGCGCCAAGGAGUUCUUCUCAGAUGCGAAGCAGCUGGAGGAGGUGCUCUCCCAGCUGGCCAAGGGCACUGACAGGAACGCCGACCCCGUGCUUGGUUCCGACAAGGAGUGCGUGCACUGGUAUGGCGACGUGACGAAGGACGAGCUCCAAGCCGCCAUCCGCAUGGUGAAACCAGGUGAGUCGUCCGAGUCCAUCACCUACGUGAACCGCGUUUUGGCCUUUCUGUUUGCCACCGACGAGUCCUUUGAAAAGCUCAUGCAGCUUCCGAAAGAGCCUUUCAGAAUGUCCUGCGGUGAUCAACUCUGCGUGAACCUCGCCCACAUCUCGGUGGAUGCUGACAGGACUGGCUUUCUUUGCACAGGAAGGACCCAGGGUGCACCUGCCAUGGCCCUGUCACGACAUCUACCUUUGCGGAUAAGCCAGCUGUCGGCUGGGCGAACCGAGCCGCACACCUGGCGCCAGGCGACUGCUCAUCGAAGAGGUCUGGCAGCCUCUCAAGCGCACGUUGUUUGCGGAGUGUUCGCUUCCGCCCAGCUCACGCAGCGAGGCCUCGCAUCUUUGCGGAACGCCCGCAGCCGAGGCUCCACGGGCAUGACUGCCACCGCCGUCGCGGAGCCAGUCGUUUCACAGAGGAGUCGGCGUGUCAAAGCUGUGCAGGUCUCCGACGAGAGUUCUGGCUCAGAUCGGCCCUGGAGAAAAGAGCGCUUGCCCAUCUCGGAGAUUCUCCCAGAUAUUAUGGAUGCCUUCCAGACGGACCAGGACAUAGUGCUCCAGGCGCCGACCGGCGCGGGCAAGACAACCAUCGUGCCCCUGGCACUGCUAGAGGGUGGCCAUGUGGAUGGCAAGGUGAUCGUCCUCCAGCCCCGGCGAAUAACAGCCCUGAGUGUUGCCAAGCGCAUGGCGGACCUUUGGGGCGAACCCGUCGGAGAGACUGUAGGAUACCGCAUCCGUCACGAGUCAGUGGUCUCCAACCGGACGCGGAUAGAGGUCGUAACCGAAGGAGUGCUCGUUCGAAUGCUCAACGGCAACCCCACGCUGGAAGGUAUUAGUUGCAUCUUCUUCGACGAGUUUCACGAACGUUCGGUGGAUUCCGAUCUAAGUUUCACGCUAUGUCUUCAUUUGAAGAGGCAGAGGCGCGUUCCUGUACGAAUGGUCGUGAUGAGUGCCACCUUCGGAGCGCUGGGAGAGAAGGUUUCCAGUUUGCUGCAGAAUAGCCGCCAGAUCAUCAGCAAAGGGAGGGCUUACCCCGUCGCGGUGAACUACUGUGGCGUUUUGAACCUGCGGAACUGGGAGCCUCGAGGCCCCAGGGACUUCGCAAAUACCGUUGCCAAGCAAAUCAAGAUCGCGUUGGAUGAGCACGAGGGGGAUGCUCUCGUUUUCGUUCCCGGCGAACGAGAGAUAAUGUACGUUUGGAUCGCCCUGAACAACAUGGGCAUCGGUGAUGGACAGCGGCCCAAAAACUUGGUGCCCUGGGCUCAUCGUCUCAUUGAUGAUUCCAAGUUGGAUUUGAGCAAGAAAAUCCAGGUGAGCCCACUCUAUGGCACCAUGGAGACGCAUGAGCAGGACGCAGUCAUCACUGACUCUGGCGACGGCUGGCGAAAGGUGAUCCUGGCCACGUCCAUUGCAGAGUCGUCAAUCACAGUGCCCACGGUAAGGAUCGUGGUGGACACCGGCCUGCGGCGAGUCAAG